AUGAGGCACGCGCCCAUUGGCCCGCGCCAGCCGCCUGUGGGUGGCAAGUGUCCUGCCUGUCUCUUGCAGCAACUGGAGUUCAUCACCCCCUUCCAGCUGUACUUCAACCCUGACCUCAUCUUCAGGAAGUUCCAGAUAUGGAGGCUGAUCACCAACUUCCUUUUUUUUGGGCCCCUGGGAUUCAGUUUCUUUUUCAACAUGAUAUUUCUGUACAGGUACUGCCGCAUGCUAGAAGAAGGCUCCUUCCGAGGAAGGACAGCUGACUUUGUCUUCAUGUUCCUCUUUGGAGGAUUUCUCAUGACACUCUUCGGCCUCUUUGCCAGCCUGUUUUUCUUGGGCCAGGCUUUCACCAUCAUGCUGGUGUAUGUGUGGAGCCGUAGGAAUCCCUAUAUCCGCAUGAACUUUUUUGGGCUCCUGAACUUCCAGGCCCCCUUCUUGCCUUGGGUCCUGAUGGGCUUCUCCCUGCUCCUGGGUAAUUCCAUCAUAAUCGACUUACUGGGGAUUGCGGUGGGUCACAUCUACUACUUCCUGGAGGAUGUCUUCCCCAACCAGCCGGGAGGAAAGAAGUUGCUGUUGACCCCAGGCUUCCUGAAGAUGGUAUUUGACACACCUGAAGAGGAUCCCAAUUAUAACCCUCUCCCUGAGGAUCAGCCAGAAAACCAACCUGGAGCCCAAGACCAGAACCAGCAGCGGCCAUAAUAAUGCAAAGGACUUUUCCAAGUGACCAGAUUCUUCUCUUCCCACUGGACUUACGUGGUGCCCCAGAGGUCCUACUGGAAUAACACCAGUUGCCAUUCUAAUGUGUGAUGUUUCACUGUCUGUAUGGGUAACCCAUCUUCCUCUUGUACCAGGUGGCUCCACAGAGCUUUGCACAUGAAAACUGAUGAGUGUUUAGCGAGGUGUUCUAGAGACAGGGCUGGAAGCUAUGUGAUGUUCCUCACUUACCCA